GCAAAAUGGGAUUGCCACAGCUAGAAACAUGUUGUUUUGUGCUAGAUUUAAAAACUGGUAACAUUGUCAUGGGAAGCCUUAAUGCGGUGCUAUCCUUCACUCUGUUCGUGAUAAUGAUAGUGGUAGCAUGUACCAUAGAGCCUCUAGAAGUCAAGGCGUACCACGACGAUGACGUCAGCGCGGAGGCGGCACUCACUGGACUAUAUGCCAUGUCCAUUAUACUUGUGAUAAUGUUCCUGGUCAAACUGGGUUUCGAUCUGUUCUUCGUGUAUGGUGUUAUUAUGGAGAAAGCAUCUAUCAUCCGAGCUUAUUUCGUCAUGUGGAUUGUGUUCUUCCUGCUAUCGAUGUUCACCUUCUUCCUGAACUCACCACAUUAUAGCGCGGGAACUAUAUGCAUGGAAGUGUUUUAUAUUAGUAUGAAUGUCUACGCCAUUCUUCUAAGCAACAGUUUCUAUAAAAUGCUGAACACUCGUGAAGAAGUUUAGUUUAAGUUUAUAUUUAUUGAAAUUUAUGUAUAGAGAUGUUUAAAGAAUGUUUGAUGUUUCAAAUUAUGUAGACAAAUAUAUUGUUGUUGUACUCACAUUAUAUAACUUUGUUGGAU